CGAAAAGUGAAACUGUUAAAACAACGUUAUUGUCCGCCUCACUCGCCUUCAGGUUAAGAAAUGGAUACAACAGAAGACGACCAAGACUUGGUGCUCCGACAGCAACUCAAGGCUGCUGUUCACUACACAGUUGGGAAAAUCUGUGAGGAGAGCGAGAAAGACCUCAAUGUGAAAUAUCAUCGACAAUUCAUAGCCAGUUUAUCCGAAGUUACCUGUAAAAAGAUUGUCUCAUUUGCCAAUGAUCUGGAGCUGUUUUCAAGACAUGCCAAGAGAAGUACAGUGUCUCCAGAAGAUGUCAAACUCUUGGUCAGAAAAAGCCCUAGGCUGCACCAGCACAUUUGUGACUUACAUGCUGAGUUAGAGACUCAGAGAGAAGAAACAAGGAAGCGAGGGAAGAAAGGAAAGAAAAAGCCCAGUGCUCAAGAGGAUGCUGAUGAAGAUUCAAACAUGGUUGACUGA